GGGGAUUUGUUAAGAUGGCGUCGCGAUAGCUAUGUGAAAAAAAAGAAAACGGUGUUGAUCUUCUUAAUCCAUGUCCAUGAUAAAAUUAACCAAAAUAAUGUAUUUCACGGAAAUAGAAAGUAAACAAAAAAUUUUGUUCGUUUUGAUUAAGUCUUGAAGCACACUUUUGAAAGUUUUUCUUUUGUUUUGUUAUCAAAACCGUGUGAAAUAUUCUAAUUUGUUGGGAUUCCGAGACACAUGGAAGGUUUUGAUGCAAUUUACUAUGAGGAAGAAGAAGAAAAUGUCGAAGAACCUGAAUCAGCUGAUGUCUCUUUGGUUCCUGAUCCCGUUGUGAUCAGGGGUGCAGGCAACAUGACUGUAUUUGGACUGAGUAACCGAUUUAGCACCGAGUUUCCUAGUGGGCUCGUGUCGCGUGUAGCCCCUGAAGAAUUCACCGAAACUGUAAUGCGUAUAAAUGCAAUUUUAAAAAAGACAUUACCAGUUAAUGUGAAAUGGCUUUUUUGUGGUUGCUUAUGCUGCUGCUGUACACUAGGUUGUUCACUGUGGCCUGUUAUUUGUCUUAGUAAAAGGACCCAGCAUUCCUUAAAUAAACUUCUAGAAUGGGAGAAUAGUUACCUUUAUAAUAAACUAGGGUUGCAUUGGCGUUUGACAAAACAGCAAUGCGAUUCGUCAUCCAUGAUGGAAUACGUAAUUUUAAUAGAGUUUUUACCAAAAAUUCCUAUAUACAGACCAGACUAGCACAGAUUUAACAAGCUAAUGUAAAUAUGUAGCAUUAAACAACGUAUGUAUAAAUAGACUUCAUUGGGAAUUUCUACCAUUUAACUUUGUAUAUAAGGCAUUAUAUGUGAUAGUAGACAUAUGGAUGGUUUGUUGCUUUUUUUAAUCGGUAAUUACUAAAUUAUACAAUAGUACAAAUUGUAAUAAGAAAUAUUUUAGUAACGUGAGGUGCUGUGUACUCAUAUUUUCCUAAUCAACAUAUUAAAUUUGUAUGUCAAGCUAAUUGUGUAUAUUUAUGAUGAAAUAUAAUUGGAGUUAGUUGCUUAUGGUUUAGAUUUAUAACUAUAAUUAUUUGGUUUCGAACAUUUGGGUAGGGAAUGUUUUAAAGUUGAUUGUUCCAUUUUUUCGAGAAAUGGCUUAUCAUAUCUGUACUUUAAACAUAUUUUUGUGACUUGUUUAAAUGUUACUUUGAAAAUUGUUUAGAAGUUAAUUAUUAUAUGAAAUGUAGUCUAGUAAAUUGUUAAUGAACAA